AUGGCUCCCCAGCCUGACGAGCACCACCCCCACAAGAAGGUCAACCUGACCGACGCUUCUGGCGCCGAGGUCAAGAGCGAGGAUGACGUCGCGACUGCGAUCCUCAAAAAGAAGAAGAAGCCCAACCAGUUGAUGGUCACCGAUGCCGUCAACGAUGAUAACAGUAUCAUUGCCCUCUCUGAGGCCACCAUGGACCAGCUACAGCUCUUCCGUGGUGACACCGUCCUCGUCCGAGGCAAGAAGAGAAAGGACACAGUCCUCAUCGUCCUUGCUGAUGAUGAGCUCGAUGAUGGUAGUGCCCGCAUCAACCGAGUCGUUCGUCACAACCUGCGAGUCAAGCACGGCGACAUGAUUACUAUCCACCCUUGUCCCGAUAUCAAAUAUGCCAAGCGCAUUGCUGUUCUCCCUAUCGCUGAUACCGUCGAGGGUAUCACCGGUUCCCUAUUUGACGUUUUCCUCGCCCCUUACUUCCGAGAAGCCUACCGACCUGUCCGCCAAGGAGACCUGUUCAUCGUCCGUGGUGGUAUGAGGCAAGUAGAGUUCAAGGUCGUCGAGGUCGACCCCCCAGAGUACGGCAUUGUCGCACAAGAUACUGUCAUUCACUGCGAGGGCGAGCCCAUUCAGCGCGACGAGGAGGAGAACAACCUCAACGAGGUCGGUUACGACGAUAUUGGUGGAUGCCGAAAGCAGAUGGCCCAGAUCCGAGAAAUGGUUGAGCUUCCUCUCCGACAUCCCCAACUUUUCAAGUCUAUUGGUGUUAAGCCUCCGCGAGGUGUUCUGCUUUUCGGACCUCCCGGUACCGGUAAGACUCUGAUGGCUCGAGCUGUUGCCAACGAGACUGGUGCCUUCUUCUUCCUCAUCAACGGUCCCGAGAUCAUGUCGAAGAUGGCUGGUGAGUCUGAGUCGAACUUGCGAAAGGCCUUUGAGGAAGCCGAGAAGAACUCUCCCGCCAUUAUCUUCAUCGACGAGAUUGACUCCAUCGCUCCCAAGCGUGAAAAGACUAACGGUGAGGUCGAGCGACGAGUCGUUUCUCAACUUCUUACCCUCAUGGACGGCAUGAAGGCUCGCUCCAACGUCGUUGUCAUGGCCGCCACCAACCGACCCAACUCUAUCGACCCCGCUCUUCGACGAUUCGGCCGAUUCGAUCGUGAGGUCGACAUUGGUGUCCCUGACCCUACUGGUCGUCUCGAGAUUCUCCAGAUCCACACCAAGAACAUGAAGCUCGGUGACGAUGUCGACCUGGAGCAGAUUGCAUCUGAGACCCACGGUUACGUUGGUUCCGAUGUUGCCGCCCUCUGCUCUGAGGCUGCCAUGCAGCAGAUUCGUGAGAAGAUGGAUCUGAUCGAUCUCGACGAGGACACAAUCGAUGCCGAGGUCCUCGACUCCCUUGGUGUCACAAUGGAGAACUUCCGCUUCGCUCUCGGUGUCUCCAACCCCUCCGCUCUCCGCGAGGUCGCCGUUGUCGAGGUCCCCAACGUUCGCUGGGAGGAUAUUGGUGGUCUCCAGGAGGUCAAGCAAGAUCUCAAGGAGAACGUCCAGUACCCUGUCGAUCACCCCGAGAAGUACCUCAAGUUCGGCAUGUCUCCUUCCCGAGGUGUGCUGUUCUUUGGUCCUCCUGGUACUGGUAAAACUAUGUUGGCCAAGGCCGUCGCCAACGAGUGUGCUGCCAACUUCAUCUCCGUGAAGGGACCUGAACUUCUCAGCAUGUGGUUCGGUGAGUCUGAGAGCAACAUCCGAGACAUCUUUGACAAGGCCCGUGCCGCUGCUCCUUGUGUUGUCUUCCUUGACGAGCUUGACUCCAUUGCCAAGGCCCGUGGUGGUUCCAUGGGUGACGCCGGCGGUGCUUCCGACCGCGUUGUCAACCAGCUUCUCACAGAGAUGGACGGUAUGACUUCCAAGAAGAACGUUUUCGUUAUUGGUGCCACCAACCGACCCGAGCAGCUUGACCCUGCUCUAUGCCGACCUGGUCGUCUUGAUUCGCUCAUCUACGUGCCCCUCCCCGACGAGCCUGGCCGUCUUAGCAUUAUCAAGGCUCAGCUCCGAAAGACCCCUAUCGCCUCCGAUAUCGACUUUGGUUACAUUGCCUCCAAGACACACGGUUUCUCUGGUGCCGAUAUCGGGUUCAUCACACAACGCGCUGUCAAGAUUGCCAUCAAGGAGUCCAUCGCUAUCGAUAUCGAGCGCCAAAAGGCUCGUGAGGCUGCUGGCGACGAGAUGGACACAGACGAGGACGCUGAGGACCCUGUCCCUGAGCUGACCAAGGCUCACUUUGAGGAGGCCAUGCAGAUGGCUCGCCGAUCAGUGUCAGAUGUUGAGAUCCGCCGGUACGAGGCUUUCGCCCAGCAGAUGAAGAACGCCGGUCCUGGCGCUUUCUUCAAGUUCCCUGAGGCUGGUGCCGAGGCCGCUGGUGGUGACGCCGGCAACUCCUUCGGUGAUGCUGGCAAUGAUGAUGAUCUCUACGACUAA